UUUAUUCGUGCAUGUUUUAAUUUACAUAUAUCAAAUUACUUAAACUAAAUUCGAUUGCAUUUCGUUCAUACGUAUUGCAAGGACACGCCGAAAUAUGAGAUCAUCGUACGUGAGACCGAUUAAGACAAUCUUGCAUAUAUAAUAUUAUCGCAUGCACAUUCGUACUGCAAUCGUAAUCGUGAGACGUAUUCAAAACCAAUAAUUGCCAGAACAAGACAUAUCAAUGUUUGAAGUUUCGUCAGGACGUGGAUUUUGGGCAAAAAAAUACAUCAUUUCCGCAUAUAAAAAGAUAAUACAUGGAGGAAUUAUAUCAGGACUGUUUCACGAAGACGGUAUCUCAGAGAUUGCAGGUAUACCCUUUCGCGAGUUAUCUCAUAGUUUUGCAACAUCAGCAGCUAAUGUUUUCAAUGGCUUCAGAGAGCAUAUUGAUAACUUCCGUACCCGUUUGGCUCAACGUAUAAAUAUUCCACCUGAAUAUCCUACAUUACAUCGUUUAGUGCAUGGAGAUAUAUGGCCGAAUGUUGCGCGUCCAGCACCGAUUGUUCCUGGCCGUUUAAUAAUAUCGCCACGUCCUAUAGGCGGUAAUAAUAGAGCCAUUGAUGAUAGUAUUGCUAGUGGCCGUUUAAUAGCGCCACGUCCUAUAGGCAAUUAUAGAGGCAUUGGUGAUAGUAUUGAUAGUGGUGCUGCUUCCGCUGGAGCUGCAAGUUCUGCUGCAUCUAGAAGAUUAGCAAAGUACUCGUCUACGUAAUAAGCUCGCAACUCACUGUAAAAUAUCGACGCUGUAUAGUUAUUAUAUUAUCUAACAAUUAAUGCAUAAUAUAUAAUACAAGAUUUACAUAAAGUCCUUAAUAUACUUACUGUUAGUAAGUUUGAUCUAGUACAUCGAAAUAAUAGAGUAAA